AUGACUGAUGGAGACACAGCCGAUUUUAGCUUGAGUUACUGUAUGAUUAACGAAGGUACAGAUCAAGGUGAUGAUGGGCUUUUAAAUGAUUUGAAGAUAACAUUCAUCGUGACUCUGGACGUUGGCCUCUUAUCGGCGCAUGACGAUACAGAUCUCUCACCGGUAUUCGCGUUCAUUGGAUGGAAAAAAACGGCUGGUGCUGUAGGUGUUGCUUGGGACAAAAUUCAAAGCGACGGGAUCUUGCCUGACUACGACAGAUUAAACUUGACAUGGGUGCUGAGCGAUUGCAAUAAAGCACAAGACGCCGGCUUCAUUAUCGAGUGGCAGCGGUGGGGUGUCGAUGUUGUGUUGGGACCACCUUGCCCAUCAUUAAUAGUUACGUGCAUGGAAGAUUUAGAGGCAAAACGACAGCUUAUGAUAUCGAUAGCUGAGGAAGGUAUGGCUACCAAAGAAUAUAUGUGGCUGUUGAUUCAGAUUCAAAGAAAUGGAUUCGGCGAAUUGUGGAAGGACACAAGUGAGACACCAGACGGGAAAGAUGACCUGGCACUACAAGCGGCGAGAAAUUUCUUUGUGCAGAUCGACCGAACACCACUCAAUUCGUCUACACAGUUCGUUGCUGAUAUCAAAGCCAAGAUGCUCCAACCACCGUACAAUUGCACAGACUGCGACGACAUUGAUCCGGCUACCUCUCAAGUUAGUGAAUUGGCUGAUUCAAUGUUGCUCUAUGCGACUGCACUGAAUCGUUCAAUAGCCGCCGGACUACCGAAUCCAACAGGAUACGAGCUAGUGCAUUUUGCGAAAGGCAGCUUUCAAGGUUUCUCCGGCUCCGUAACCAUUAACGCAAAUUUGACUCGAGAUCCUGAAUUUUUGGUUUAUGGACUGGACUCCAACGACCAGCAAAUAGUUCUGAUGACAACUACCGAAGACUUGACAAAUAUAAGCACCUCACUAAUUCAUGACAUGUAUCCUGCGUCCGUGAUUUGGGCACAUCAUGGUGGUUCUCCUCCUCUAAAUCGACCACUUUGCGACUAUGAUGGGAGCGCCUGUCCUCCGUCUUUCGCCGAGAAAUACUUGACCAUCACUCUCAUUGCCAUCAUCGUACCAAUCGCCAUCGCAAUCGUGGCAUUCGCCCUCCUGUUAAGAGAAGAGCAUACAUUCUUCAACGUCACCACUGGAGAUUUCAACGCCAAGAUUGGACCAAGAAGAUCGUCUGAAGAGCGUCACAUUGAGACCCACGGUUUAGAACGGAAUGAACAGGCUGAGCGGCUGUCUGAGUUUGACAUGAACACAGCCAACAACCGGGAGCACUGCCUUGAGUUCGCGUUCACUGCAAAGUACGGUCACAACCAGUACCAAGAUGACGAUAGAGUCGAAAAAGGAUACGCAUCGCCACCAGUACUGCUUCUUGGGAGAGGAAUCGGUGGUCGUAAAGAUACACACUGCGAGACCGGUACUGACCAAAGGAGACUCUUCCAACGUACAAUCGCUACUCUCUGCGUCGUUCAAGAAAAGAUUAGGCUUCCUAAGAAAAACUGUCGCUUGGACGAGUUCGUCCGUCUCCAUAACUGCAACGAGGAAGCCCAGUGCACUGUGCAGAUGAAGAGCACAGAGCACGACAAUCUAUGCAAAUUCAUUGGAUUAUCGACGGAUGGACCACAACUCUUAUCAGUGUGGAAAUACUGUUCCCGCGGAUCUUUAAAAGUCCGUAUCGAAGUCAUUUGUGAAUGUACACGGUCUUCUUCGGAUAUUAUUAAUAGACUCUCUAAGAAAUGCAUUUUUAAGGAUGUCAUCGAGAAGGGUGCAAUUCAGAUGGAUUGGUUUUUUAAAUAUUCUCUCAUACGUGACAUUUCCGAGGCUAUAUAUUUUCUUCAUCAUUCAUCAUUUGGAGCUCAUGGCUGGUUGAGUUCAAAGACCUGUUUGAUCGACGAGAGAUGGAAGGUGAUUAUCUUUCCUCAAAUGCCGCAAGAUCAAACCGGCUACCGAAUCAUACCUCUUCCCAUAGGGUCAGAUUUCUUUCUAACAAAGUGCGACUCUACAUUUAGCUUCGCUAUUAUCUGCUCAGAAGUGAUAACUAAAAAAUCAGCAUGGGAUCUGCAAAAUCAGGACUACGAUAUCGACGGUAAUUUUCCACACUCAGAAUUUAUCAUUAACAUUUCAGAAUUGGUGUAUAAGCUAAAGCGUGGUGGCCGAUCGCCAAUCAGACCAGUGCUGAAUAUUGACGACUACCAAAACCCGAGUAUGUUAGUACUGGUGAAGGACUGCUGGAGUGAAGAGCCCGAUCAGCGGCCGUCUUGUGAUCAAGUGAAAUCGUUCAUUAAGGGUUUGAACGACAAAAAGAAAGUCUUUUUGUUAUUCAUAUUUUAUCACAUUCAAGCUCGAAUGAGGGAACUCGCUGAGGAAAAGAAGAAGAGCGAUAUCCUGCUCUACCGAAUGCUACCAAAACAAGUAGCCGACAAGCUGAAGUUGGGUCAGUCAGUUGAGCCGGAGGUGUUUGAUUGCGCGACGCUGUUCUUUUCAGAUGUGAAAAUUUUCUAUCAUUGCCAGGUGAUCGGCUUCUUGAACGACCUCUACACUUUGUUCGACGCAAUCAUCGAGCAACAUGAUGUUUACAAGGUUGGAACAUUUUGCGCAAGUUCCUAUAAUUACUUAUGGUGUCGGGCUACAAAAAUCAUGACGGAAAUUCGCUUUUUACAGGUAGAAACGAUAGGAGACGGCUAUCUGUGCGCAUCGGGUUUGCCCCAACGUAAUGGCAACGAACAUGGAAAGGAAAUAGCCGAAAUGUCAUUCGAACUGCUUCGAGCCAUCAAGGAAUUUCGCAUACCACAUUUACCUAAUGAAAGAGUCAACGUACGCAUUGGAAUUCACACAGGUUACCCAUCGCCGAACAUGAUCUCUUUAUAUAAGUGUACAAUCGUUCUAGGAUCAGUAGUGACAGGUGUGGUGGGGAUUACCAUGCCUCGAUACUGCUUGUUUGGCGAUACGGUCAACACCGCUAGUCGAAUGGAGAGCAAUGGGAAACCAGGUCGGAUUCAUAUUUCUACUGAUACGAUGAGAUUUCUGACGCAAGUGGUUGGUGGCUAUAAAACGGAGCCACGGGGAGAAGUAAUAGUUAAAGGUAAAGGAGCUGUGGAAACUCAUUGGCUGCUAACUCCCGAAGAGCAGGAGCAAUCUAAGAAUUGA